UUCCCAGCCAUUCAUCCCCUUACUUCACCUUAUCCAUCAUCAUCUAUUUCCCCAUACAAAAGUAAACCCCCAUUUUUGUUCUCUUCAACUUUAUUGCAUACCAAAAAAACUUACAACAAUGGCAACAGCCUCAGUUACCUACACUCCACCCAUGUUGGCUGCUGCCACCACUAACCCCAAGAAGAAGACCAACACCAAUGUGAAUUACAUAACAGGCUUGAAUUCUUUUGGUGGGUUGAAAGCUCAUAACAAAGUGGUCUCACUAGGCCAACGUGUAUGCACCGAGCAAUCAUUUGCAAACGUUGUUAGCUCACUCAAAGCUCCGACAAAGGGCAAGACAGGUAAAAGCGGCGGCGGUGCACUGUCUUCAACCUGUAAUGCUGUUGGUGAGAUAUUCAGGAUUGCAGCAAUCAUGAAUGGCCUUGUUCUUGUUGGUGUUGCUGUCGGAUUUGUGCUGCUUCGAAUCGAAGCUUCUGUGGAAGAGGCUGAGUAAGAGAAUUUUAAGACAUAACUUGUUUUCAUUUCCCCAAAAUUUGUAAUUUUACUUUAUGUGGAACUUUGGUUGCUUUAUAUGUGUUGUAAGCUCAUUGGCUUGUAAGAAAACUUAGCAUUGAUAUCUAAUAACAUCCAAAAUGGAUAGCUACUGUGAGGGAAAUCAA